CCAAGUGCUAGUCUCAGGCCCGCACUCGGGGAAGCAACUCGGCAGAUCUUCCAUGCAUCCUAACGCGUCGCUCAGGCUGCUGGUGGUUUGGAUAUUCCUUUUGCCUUCGGUCCGAGUCCAUGGGACAUCUCCGGAUUUACUCCUUGUCCCAAGGGACUCGCCGACGGCCAUCCUUCCUCUCAGCCUCUGGGCCAACCCUCGUCAGGCUAUUUUCAGGCCGAGGAAACGCGACCUUCAUCAGUCGACCCUCCUGGCAGCUCUCCAGCCGCACUACGAGCCCCAAUGGAUGUGCCUGACCAAACCACAGAAACCGCCCUCUGAACUGAUGGAGGAGAGAGCGUCGAAAAGCCAGCUGAGCAAAAUGGCAGAUAAGCUCCCUUUAAGCACCGCCGUCAAGGAGUGGCUCGUCAGCAGAGCGACCUGCCCCGUCGGCUACGAAUGGCGCGAUUUGGGCAGCGAUUUCUGGCCGAGGUGGGUCCGCGUGGCCAUGUGCCUUCGCCCCCCGAUGGGCACGUGUUCCUGGCCGCCGGGUAUGAGCUGCGUGUCCGGGCCGCCCAGGCACCUCCACGUCCUCCGAUGGCACUGCAGGCUCCGUAAGAAUACGAAAAGAAAGAAGACCAACGAGAACAACGUCUGGGGAGACUUGGAGCUCAAGGAGACGACCAAGAAGCCAAAGAAAAGGCGCAGGAGGAAAUACAGGUGCCUUUGGGUCAAAGUACCUUACCCCGUCCCUGAGGACUGCAUCUGCGCUUGCUCAUAAGCAGUAACCCAUACAAAAACUCAUUGUCUUUCUCCCGUGAUAUAAAAUUUAUACACAAGACUGCACAAUUUCUACAUUUUUUUAAUAUUCAUUCGUGCAAUCUUAAAAGACGAAAUCGAAAGAGAGAAAAAAGAAGUGGUUUUUACACAUGUAUUUGAAAUUUUUAUUAUUUAAAACUAUUAUUAUGCUUUAAGACUGUAUCUAGUUUGUAACAUACAACUACUAUAAUUUGAACUAAAU